CUCCCGCCUGAUUUUCUCUACUAACUUUUCCCCAAAACCAAUGGUGAGAUAAUCAGAUAAUUAACUCCCAAAUAACUUGUUUCCAACACCUGAUAUUCCGACUGUGCGAAGGGGCUAUUUGCGUUAUACAUAACAAAUUUUCUCAUACUAACUAUCAACUCUAAAAUUUGAUUUUCCUCCUCCGACGAAGAAUCCAAAACCAUGUCAAUACACGAUCAAGCGGCGGCGGCCGUGCUAUCCCAAAUAGCUACGGCAGCCGACGGCGCACUAAUCGGCAUAGCCCUAGCAUACGCCGCCGUACGUAGUAUUCUCAAGUACAAGGCCAACUCUUCUUCCCUACACAAAAUCAACGACGCACCCUAUCUAACUGUCUCCGAUCUCCGUUCGUUAGUGAAUUCGGAAAGUUCUGAUGACGGUGAGGUUGUUAUUGUUAGAGGUACUGUUGAAGCGAAAUCGGCUGUUGAAGGUAAUUGGAAGAGCUUGAGACCGAAUAAUGUUUUGUCUUCUCACAAUUCUGCUGAAAAAGGCGUUGUGUUGCAACGUACUCAAACGCUAGCUCCUCCGAAUUCCACUCUUCCUCCAACAUUGCUAUUCCCUACACCACGUCAAUCCACGAUCAAGCAGCCGUCGCCGUGCUAUACAAAAUAUCUUCGGCGGCUGACAGGGCACUAAUCAGCAUAGCCCUAGCAUACAUCUCCAUACGCAGUAUUCUCAAGUACAAAUCCAACUCUUCUUCCCUACACAAAAUCAACAACGCAAGUAUCUAAUUGUCUCCGAUCUCCGUUCUUUAGUGAAUUCAGAAAGUUCUGAUGACGGUGAGAUUGUUAUUGUUAGAGAUACUGUUGAAGCGAAAUCUGCUGUUGAAGGUAAUUGGAAGAGCUUGAGACCGAAUAAUGUUUUCUCAUAAUUCUGCUGAAAAAGGCGUUGUGUUGCAAUGUACUCAAACGGUAAAUUUUCUGUUCUUUUCGUCAAUAUUACGUGUGAAGUAUUGCUGUUUUUUGAGUUUCAUACCUUGAUUGUGGUUGAUAAUUUAUUAUAAUAGAGCUUAGCUAGUCGGCAUAGCCCUAGCGUACGUUGCCGUACGUAGUAUUCUUAAGUACAAAGCCAACUCUUCUUCCCUACACAAAAUCACGAUCUCCGUUUGUUAGUUAAUGGCAAUUCUGAAAGUUCAACUGAAAGUGAGAUUGUGAUUGUUCGGUACAGUUGAAGCGAAAUCGGCGUAUCACGUUUUUUCUUCUUAUAAUUCUGCUGAGAAAGGCAUUGCGUUGCAACAUACUCAAAUGGUUAUUUUUUCUGGUAUUUUUGUUUGAUUUUAGUGUUAAAUGGUCAAAAAUUGCACGUGAAGUAUCCUCAAUUUUUCGAGUUUCGUACCUCAAACCUCAAUUGUCAUUGACAAUUUAUUUAUUAAAAUAAGGCUUAGCUAUGAAUUGUUCACUUUUUUUAGUUGAACGAUCAGUUGUUCACUUUUCCGACCUAAAUGAUUGGUUCUUGUUCACUUUCGAACCUAAACAAUCACUUGUUCACUUUUCUGACCUAAACAAUCAAUUGUUAAUUAAUGUGAAUUCUGAAACUUCCAAUGACGAUAAGGUUGUUAUUGUUAGAGGUAUGAUUGAAGCGAAAUCGGCUGUUGAAGGUAAUUGGAAGAGCUUGAGUGCAAGUGUUUUAUCUUCUCAUAAUUCUGCUGAGAAAGGCGUUGUAUUGCAAUGUACUCAAACGGUAAUUGUUCUAUUAUUUUGUUUGCCGCUAGUGUUAAAUAGUCAAAAAUUGCACGUGAAGUAUCCCGAUUUUUCGAGUUCCGUACCUCAAACCUCAAUUGUCAUUUAUAAUUUAUAUUAAAAUAAAGCUUAGCUGUGAAUUGUUCACUUUUUUUAGUUGAACGAUCAGUUGUUCACUUUUUCGACCUAAAUGAUUAGUUGUUGUUCACUUUCUAAUAUGAACGAUCACUUGUUCACUUUUCUGACCUAUACGAUCAAUUGUUAAUUAAUUUGAAUUGUGAAAGUUCCGAUGACAGUGAGGUUGUUAUUGUUAGAGGUAUGAUUGAAGCAAAAUCUACUGUUGAAGGUAAUUGGAAGAGUUUGAUUGCAAAUGUUUUAUCUUCUCAUAAUUCUAUUAUUUUGUUUGCCGUUAGUGUUAAAUAGUCAAAAAUUGCAUGUGAAGUAUGCCAAUUUUUCGAGUUUCAUACCUCGAACCUCAAUUGUCAUUUACAAUUUAUUAAAAUAAAGCUUAGCUAUGAAUUGUUCACUUUUUUUUGUUGAACGAUCAGUUGUUUACUUUUUCGACCUAAAUGAUUAGUUGUUGUUCACUUUCUGAUCUAAACGAUCAAUUGUUCAUUUUUCUGACCUAAACGAUCAAUUGUUAAUUAAUUUGAAUUCUGAAAGUUCUGAUGACGGCGAGGUUGUUAUCGUUAGAGGUAUGAUUGAAGCAAAAUCUGUUGUUGAAGGUAAUUGGAAGAGUUGAUUGCAAAUGUUUUAUCUUCUCAUAAUUCUGCUGAAAAGGCAUUGUAUUGCAAUGUACUCAAACGAUAGUUGUUCUAUUAUUUUUGUUUGCCGUUAGUGUUAAAAAGUCAAAAAUUGCUCGUGAAGUAUCCCCUUUUUUUGAGUUUCAUACCUUAAAAUAGAGCUUAAUUAUCAAUUGCUCACUUUUCCGACCUAAAUGAUCAAUUGUUCACUUUUUUCUAGUUGAAUGAUCAGUUGUUCAUUUUUUUCCCACCCGAACGAUCAGUUCACUUUUGCUAGCGGAAUGUUCAAUUGUUUCCUUUUCCUACAUGAGUUAUCAAUUGUUCACUUUUUACUAGCUUACCAUCGAUUGUUCACUUUUCCCACUUGAACGAUCAAUUGUUCACUUUUCCUAGUUGAACUAUUAAUUGUUCAGUUUUGCAAUAUGAAUGAUCAAUUGUUCACUUUUCUGACUUGAAAUAUCAAUCAUCAUUGUUAAAGGUAGCAAAAAUGAACAAUUAAUAGUUGAGAUGUGUUAUGAGAAAUAGUUGUUAAUAGUUUAGGUAUGAAACUUACACACUUCAUAGUUUAGGUAUGAAACUCGAAAAACUGGAAUACUUUAGGUGUGUUUUUACCCUUCAAUUUAGUUCUAAGUUAUAUUCAAAGUUCAAACCUUUUGGUACGUCUUAAUUGUUAUUAGGGAACAUGAUAAUUAGUUAUAGUUGUUUGAAACUUGAAAGUCUGAGCAAAAUUACUUAAUUUAUCCGAUAUUCUCAUGCUUUGAUUUAUUGAACAUUUUGAUAACCGUAUUGUCCGGGUCAGUUUGCCAUAUCUUGACUAAUUCCACGAGAUAUGUGUCACCUCCCUCUAGCAGAAGGUAUCAAGCAAUUCUGUUGACCAAGACUAGAACAGAGAAUGAGAAGAAAUCACCUAGUGCUUUGUCUCUAUUGGGAGUUGAACUUAACUUUCUGGUUCUCAACCCACGUCAUUGAUCACUUAGGCCAUACAUUGGGUGCUCCUUAUGUUUUUUAGGCAAAUGUAUAUAUGUCCAACAAGAAUAGUGAAAUCACACAAAAUGAGGUCAGGAAGGGUAAAGUGCAUGCAAACCUCUUACCUUUACCUUCCAAUGCUCUUUUGAAAAGACCCUCGGCAUAAGAGAAACAAAUCAAAGUAGUAAUUGAAAACGGAAAAUGAUAGUGAAUGAAAAAUAUGACAACUAAUAUGAAAGUAGUAUGGAGCAUAUAUACAAGGAACCGUAACGUAUAACAAGUUGCAAUCAUUUAAACACAGUGAACAAUGUAUGAUAGCGGAGACUAAAAGCUAAUGACUACAUAAGUAGACUAAUCUUACAAGACACAGUGAUCUAGACUACCAUCAAGCUAAAAAACUACAAGAAUAAACUAUUACCAAGACAACAACCGACUACCUGACCUCCAGACCCUCUUAUCUAAGGGCAUGUCCUCGGUAAGAUGAUGAUGCACCAUAUCCUGUCCCGUCUAAUCGCAUCUUUUCAAGACUUCCUUGGCCUACGUCUGCCUCUCCACGUCCUCACUACAUCCAACCACUCCAGCAGCCUCCUUACUGGGAUUUCUGCACAUAUCUUCUUCACAUGUCCAAACCAUCUCAGUUUCCUUUCCCUCAUCUUAUCCACCACAGAGGUCACUCCUACUUUGUUUUGAAUAUCCUCAUUCCUAAUUCUCUCGCCUUUUGUACGCCAUACAUCGAUCUCAACAUCUUCAUUUUAGCCACUUGCAUCUUCUGAAUAUUAGAGUUCUUGACUGGCCAACACUCCUUCCCAUACAACAAAGCCGAUUUAACCGCCGCUCUAUAGAAUUUUCUGUUUAAGUUUUGCUGGUACCUCUCAUCUCACGCAAGCCUUCUGAGGCAAGCCUCCACUUUAUCCAUGCUGCACCAAUAUGACGUGUGAUAUCAUCGUCGAUCUCCUUAUUCCUUGGAUCAGAGACCCUAGAUACUUGAAUCGUUUGGCAACAGUUUGUGUAUCAAGUCUCACUUUUACGCUUGCCUCAUGCAUAACAUCACUGGAUUUACACUCCAAACUCUGUUUUGGUCCUACUUAACUUGAGCUCUUUAGCCUCCAUAGUGUGUUUCCUCACUUCCAACCUAUCGUUAACUCCGUCGCAAAAAUGUUGUCUGCAAAUAACAUACAUCAAGCACCCAAGGGUGUGGCCUAGUGGUUCAAUGAAAUUGCGUUGAGCACCAUGAGGUCUCAGGUUCAAUUUCCAACGGAGACAAACACUAGUUGAUUUCUUUCCAUCUGAUCUAGCCUUGGUGGACAGGGUUAGCUGAUACCUAUUGCUGGUGGGAGGUGGCAGGUUUCCUGUGGAAUCAGUCGAGGUGCACGUGCACGCAAGCUGGCCCGGACACCAAGGUUAUAAAAAAAUAAAAUAACAUACAUCAAGGCACCUCACGUCUAUCGGAAACAACCUUUCUACUUCUUUUGAGGUAGAGGUAUGGACUGCGUAUAUCUUACCAUCCCCAGGCCUCACUAUGUGGGAAUACACUGGGUUUGUUGUUGUUGUUGUAUCAAGGCACCUCACCCUGAAUAUGACGCGUCAAUUGAUCCAUCAUCAAGGCAAAUAGAAACGGGCUAAGCGUCGACCCUUGGUGCAACCCAUCUCGACUAGGAAGUGCUCUGAGUCUCUUUCGAUUAUACUUACCCUAGUAUUGGCUCCAUCAUACAAUUCCUUUAUCACCUUAAUGUAAGUCAUCUGGACACCUUUAGGCUCCAAGCAUCUCCAAAGGACUUCUCUCGGGAUUUUGUCGUAGACCUUUUCGAGGUCAAUGAACACCAUAUAUAAGUCCCUUUUUCUACCCCUAUAUUUCUCCACCAGUCUUCUCAGAAGAUGAAUCCAAUAAGGAUUAGAAUUAGUGUUACAUUUAAGAGUUGGUUGAUGGUCAAUCUAAAAUUUGUUAAUUCGUACAAUACUUGAUGCUUUAGGCCUUUUCUAGAUAUGUGCUACAACGGUAUUUAGGUGUGGUGAAAACUGGCAAGAGGUGAUGGUUUACAAUUAUAUUAUUUGAUUUACUAGGCUUGUACGCUGGUUACAAUGCGUCGCUUGCUUUUGUAUUUGUAAUAACUUAUCCUGUAUCCAGUUAAAUGUUGAUGCUCAAUCGAAAGAAAGAGCUAUCAGUGUUUUGCUUAGCCCAUGGCCCGGGAAUCCCUAGACAUAGAAAGAGGACACGAGCUAAUCUUUACUACAGGAGAAACUGGUCAAAAACACAGGGAG